CUCGACCUUCGUGCUAUAUUUCUCUGUUGGAUACUUCAACUCUCACAUCACGGUCUCAUUUGUUUCAACAACGGGCGCGCGCCGAGACGGACAUGGCCAUGAAAGCCGCCAUUGCGUCAUCAGUCAUCGUCGACAUCUUGACGGCUCCCCCGCAUCUGCGUACGCGUCGCAGAUAGCUGGCUGGUAAGGCACGCGGCUUCAGCCUUUGCGAGCAAGUAUUCACGAAGGAUGUGAUACGUUUGGGUAUAGCUCGCACCGAAUUUGAUCUUAAUGCUCCAAUUGUCAAGCCUCUUUCCAUGUCGUUCUGACCCGACCUGAUUCGUCCGUUUCGGCCGUCAUCCUCGGUGCUUGAUACACUACCGAAGAUCCGCCAUCGCCACGCGAGGUGGUGUAAUCGACUCGUACUGCCAUUUAAUCUCAUUCCUCUCUUUGAUUUCCUGCAUUACCCAUCACCUGUCAGUACCAGACAUCAUGCGUUUCGCUCGCGUGGUACCAUUCAUCCCAUUGGCUUCGGCCUUGGUUAUCACCGAAGCUGAGGUCUUCGAGAAGCUGCCCAAGUCCAACAGGCAUACCGAGAGCGCGAAGCUAUCCGGCAAGGAGCUCCUAGACAAUGCACGGGAUAUCCUUGACAGUACGUACUACAGAGUCAAGGAUAGUGCACAGGACAUUUAUACCCGACUCCAUGAUGCCACCGCCGACGUUGAAUCUUGGUUAGAAGGCUCAUCAUUCGAUGAUGCUACCAUCAACUUUGGUGGUGAUGAUCACCGCCCACACCACCCACCCCAUGACGGGCCACCUCACUACGGCCCUCCUCACCACGGUGGACCUCACGAUGGAGACGACAAGCCCAACAGGACCGUCUACGAGCUCAUUAACGAGAGCAAGUACACCACCAGGCUUGCCGAGCUGAUCAAUAAGUACGACGACUUGGUCGAAACUCUUAACAGCACCAAGGCCAACUACACCAUCUUUGCUCCCACCGACGAGGCCUUCGAGAAGAUUCCCAACCACGGGCGCCAUCCUUCGAAGGAGGUCCUGAAGGACAUCCUCCUGUACCACGUCAGCCCCGACUUCUACCCUGGCGGCCGUGUGCUCCACAGCUACACCAUCCCAACUCUGUUCGAGCCUGAGAAGCUCGGCCAUAAGCAGCGCCUGACCGUCCGCGUGACCCUCAAGGGCCCGACCAUCAACUUCUACAGCAAGCUAGUCGCGGUCAACAUCUUCGGCACAAACGGCGUCGUGCACGGCGUCGACUCGAUCCUCGUCCCUCCCCCCAAGACAGCCAAGAUCCUCGAGCUUCUGCCUGGCGAAUUCAGCACGCUGGAGCUUGCACUUCACAAGACGGGUCUUUUCAACAACACCGACUACCCGCACAGUGGCGGCACGUUCUUUGCGCCGUCUAACUUCGCAUUCAAGAAGCUUGGCCCCAGGGUUAACGCCUUCCUCUUCAGCUCUUACGGCCAGAAGUACCUCAAGGCCCUGCUCAAGUACCACAUCGUGGUCAAUCAGACGCUGUACACAGACGCCUUCUUCGACUCGAGCAAGAAGCACGACGACGACGACAAGGCCGCCGGCCGCCCAGGGAACUACCACUACGACCUUCCUACCGUGCUGGACGACAAAUACCUCGCGGUCGAUGUCGCGCGCUACGGGCCAUUUGUUGAGAUCCGCAUCAACGCGUUCUCGCGUGUGACUGUUCACGACGGCAUCGCGAGUGAUGCUGUUAUCCAGGUCGUUUCCGAUGUCUUGAUCCCGCCCAAGAGCUCGAAUGGCGAGCAGGUCAUGUGGCAGGGUGAGGAGCUCAGCGUCGAGGAGUUCAAGGAGCGUCUUGCCCCGCUCGCCGAGAAUAUUGAGUUGUAGAUGUGUGUGAGUGGGGUUGUGUUUGAGGUUGAACGGCUGCGCUAGCACGCCUACCUGUUUGACGAACUUGAUGAGCGUACUGGCUCUGUACGAUCCUUAUGAAGUUUACACAUUGCUUUCGUCCCUCUCUACGCAUGAUUAGCAUCUUGUGAACGCAGCGCAGUGUGUGGAGUGAACGGCCAGUGCUCGGAUCUCAAAUCCACCCUCUCACCGCUCUUUAGCCGCGUGGAGCUCGCAUCCCGCGACGCGGUGUUUACGAGGGCACGGCGUCCAUUCGUUUUGUUUCCCAGCGACAGUUAAUGCCUGAAGUUGUUGGUGUUGUCAAGUCAACAAUGAGUAAUAAUAUUCGACGCUAUGAUCGCUAACAACGCGUCAACUAUGCAACAGACAAGGAUGCCCCCUGACGCCGCUCUACAUCGACCAGGUACAUUGACCUACAACACACCAGCACCAACAGUAGUAAAUUUCAAAUGUUAGAGAGAAUUU